CCCCCACCCACAAUGCCCUCCCCGCCCUCCACACGCUACGUGCCCCCCAUAGACGGUCUCGUAGCCGACGGUGGCCAGGUCAGCGAGCAGGCCGCUGAGAUCAUACAUGGCGCCUUACAUCCCCAUACCUCCGACUCGUCUUCGGACCCUGCACCGCCUCUCGAGGACCUCGAUGACCUCAGCGGACUUGACGAUGCAGAGCACCUCCGCCAAGUCGCAGAGUGGGCCAAGCGUCCUUGGUGGAGGCGUCCUUCCAUCAUUUGGUCUGCCCAUCCGUGUUCGCGCCCACACGACCCUAGGCUGACAUUCCCUUCCGCAUAGGAUGAUGAUUGGCAUGCCUCUCGCGUCCAUUGGCUUCGCAUCGACUAUCGCGCCCCGCGUCGACCUCUACAUCACCCUUGUCUGCCGUGCGCACCCACCAGGCAAUACUUCCGACUCCGAGUCCCUAUUCUUUGGCGAGGUCCCUACGCAUGCCCAAUGCUCCCAAGAUGCGACUGUCCAAGCAGCAGUUGCUCAGCUCUCCGCAGUGCUCACAAUGACCAUGGGUAUCUUGAGCUGCAUUACCGGUGCUUGGUGGGGCUCGCUUUCUGAUCGUAUCGGACGGACCCCCAUCCUCUCCUGGUCCAUGUUUGGCCUCCUAAUUAACGACAUUGUUUACAUCAUAACUGCGCUCUUCUCUGACCAUCUUCCUGGAGGUUACUGGUUUCUCAUCAUUGGCAGUAUCCUGGAAGGCUUUCUGGGUGCACUACCCGCCGGCGUUGGUGCCUUGCACGGGUAUAUAGCCGAUUGUACAGAUCCAAGCGCACGGUCGCGUGCAUUCUCUCUAAAUCUUGGUCUUAUGUUCUCAGGCAUGGCAUUGGGUCCACUUAUCGGAGGUAUCCUUAUCAGUACAACUGGGCAAACUCUUUCCGUGUUUUAUCUGGCCGCGGCAGUUCAUGCCGCUUAUAUCGUCUUUAUUAAUGCCAUCGUUCCUGAGUCGCUCACACCCGCCCGACGGGUAGCAGCUCGUGCUGCACACCGCUCUGCCGCGCUCAAAAAAGCUGCCGCAGCGAAGAUUCAAGUGCGCUCUGUCAGACUGUUGAGUGUGCUGGCGGGCAUCUUGGGGUUCUUGACUCCACUUGCUGUUCUGGGGCCCAUAACAGUGAGCGAUAAACAAGGCCGAGCAAAACGUAAUUGGAGCCUUCUCUAUCUCGCUGUUAGCUAUGGAUUGACUGUAUCGAUCAUUGCAUCAAUGCCGUUCAAGUUUCAGUACGCAUCGAAAACGUUUGGCUGGACAUCUGAGACUCUGAGCUACUUUGUGUCAUUGACGGGCUUAGUACGAGCUGCCUUGCUAACCGCUGUCCUCCCUGUUGUGAUCAAGUUCCUUAAACCCAAGCCAGUUCCGAUCCAGCUAGAGAAUGCUUCCAUGGACGCACUAAACUCCAUUCCGUCACAAUCUUCCCAACGCAGUCCUAGCUCCAAUUCCAAACCACAGGCACAUGUCGCGCAAUUCGACCUUUCCCUUAGCCGUGUCUCGCUCGCUAUUGAAAUUAUUGGGUUCACUGUCAUGGCAUUCGCUGGCAACGCCACGGUCUUCACCGUCGGCACGUUGAUUGGCUCAUGCGGUUCCGGUUUUUCGCCAGCUGUGCAGGCCGCUGCGCUCGAGGUUUACUCCCGCCAGCACCCCGCUGGACGCGCGGAGUCGGGCCGACUGUUUGGCGCGCUGAGCGUCGUCCAGGCCGUCGGCGCGCAGAUACUUGGGCCUAUGGUGUACGGUAUCGUGUUCUCAAAGACGGUAGCGACUUUACCACGCACUAUCCUCGUCCUUUCUGUUGGUGUUGUCGUAGGCGCAUUGAUUUUCCUUGCAUUUGUGCGCCUACCAAACGAGAGCGAGUCGCGCGACGCGGAGGAGGCGCCUCUGCUUGGGGAGACAGGUGACGUGCCGACGAUCGUCGUCACUGAGGAAGGCGUUACUGCUGUUGCAGGGACUUCUUCGUGGUAAGUUGGCAUAGAGGGUGCAAUGCAGAAGGGUACCAUCUUACGAGACGAAAAGCUCGAUCAGUUCACUACAUUCAUCACCUACUUGUCCAAUCAAUUCUAUGGUAUAGCUUAUCUUUUGGAUAAUGUAUACAACAAUACACGCCUGUAGAUACAUCUUGCACAUGUACAAGAAAUGCAGAUCGACCUGACCAG